AUGUCAUCGCCGGUGGCCACCGUGGUAUGCACUGCGGCGCCGUACGAUCGCGCCAAAGCGGUGAAGGAGUUCGACGAGACCAAGGUCGGAGUCAAAGGUUUGGUGGAUUCGGGAGUCAAAGCCAUCCCCCCUAUCUUCGUUCACCCGCCCGAAACACUAGCGGACCUGAAGCGCGAGGCGGAACCCGAAUCCGCGCCUGAAAUUCCCACGGUGGACCUAGGCGCCGUGCAGGGGUCUCGUGCCGCCGUGGUGGAGCAAAUCCGGCAGGCGGCGAGCACGGUGGGGUUCUUCCAGGUGAUCAACCACGGCGUUCCGGAGGAAUUACUCAGGCGAACGCUGGCGGCGGUGAAGGCGUUCCACGAGCAGCCCGCGGAGGACAGGGCGCGAGUGUACCGGAGGGAGAUGGGGAAGGGCGUAUCGUAUAUUUCGAACGUGGAUCUCUUCCAAUCAAAAGCUGCCAGCUGGCGUGACACAAUCCAGAUUAGGUUGGGGCCCACAGCAGCUGAUUCUAGCGAGAUUCCCGAGGUGUGCAGAGAAGAAGUGAUGGAGUGGGAUAAGGAGGUGGUGCGAGUGUCCACUGUGUUGUAUGAGUUGCUGAGUGAGGGGCUCGGAUUGGGUGCGGAGAGGCUCAGGGAGAUGGGUUUGGUGGAAGGAAGAGUUAUGGUGGGCCAUUAUUACCCAUUUUGCCCUCAGCCUGAUCUAACGGUGGGGCUUAAUUCUCAUGCCGAUCCAGGGGCUCUUACGGUGUUGCUGCAGGACCACAUUGGUGGGUUGCAGGUUGAGACCAAACAGGGUUGGAUCCAUGUCAAGCCUCAACCUCAAGCUUUGGUUAUUAACAUUGGAGAUUUCCUUCAGAUAAUUUCUAAUGAAGCAUAUAAGAGUGCUCAUCAUCGAGUGUUAGCCAAUCAUUCUAAUGAGCCACGAGUGUCAGUUGCUGUUUUCCUCAACCCAAGUGAUAGGGAGAGACUUUUUGGACCAUUGCCAGAGCUAACAUCAACAGAGAAACCAGCCUUUUAUAGGAACUUCACACUUAAUGAAUUUAUGACCAGGUUCUUCAACAAAGAGUUGGAUGGUAAAUCAUUGACAAAUUUCUUCAGGCAGUGA